AUGCCGAGCGGUGAGCUCCUCGGGUGCGCGCUCGCGUGUUUCGGGGCGUGGCGCAUCGCGAGCGCGCGUCCGAGGUACCCCAAGCGGCGAGGGGUGUACUCGAUUCGUCGCCGAGGGCGAUCGGGCGAGGCGGUGUGGCACGACGCCGACGCCGCGGAUGUGUUUCACUGCGAACCGUUCGAUGGAUGCGGUACCGUGCACGAGGUUUUUGAGUACGCGACGAAGAAGAAUGGGCCGAGACCGGCGCUUGGUGAACGCGAGGUGCUCGAGACGCGAGGCGAGAUCGCGGCGGAUGGGCGGGCGGUGGAGAAGCUGCGGUUGGGGGCGUAUCGGUGGAUGACGUUUCGAGAGGCGAGCGAUCGCGUGCGAGCGAUCGCGAGUGGAUUGGUCGAUCUCGCGGGUCUGAAGGAGGGCGAUAAGGUGAUCAUCUACGCCGAUACCAAGCGGGAUUGGCAGCUCGCGGCGCAGGCGUGCUUCAGGAUGAAUCUCACCGUGGUGACCAUUUACGCGACGCUGGGAGAGGAGGGCGUCAAGCAUGGGAUCAACCAGACCGGUGCGAGCGUCGUCGUGUGCGAUGGUAAGCUCCUGAAGACGCUCACGAACGUCAUCGGUGAUUGCCCGUCGCUCAAGCACGUGGUGACGAUGGGCGAUCCGGACGCGGCGCAGCUGGACAAGCUUCAAAACGCUCGCGUGUUCCAGGUUAGUUUGGACGAGGUCGCCAACGUGGGCGCGAAGAAACCUUUGGCGGCGCGUCCGCCCAAGCCGACGGACGUUGCAGUGCUCAUGUACACCAGCGGUACCACCGGUGCGCCCAAGGGGGUGAUGCUCACCCACGCCAACGUGUGCGCCACCAUGAGCGGUCUCAAGGAUGCCGGCGAUUUCACGAACAAGGACGUUUACCUCGCCUAUCUGCCGCUUGCGCACAUCAUGGAAAUGGCGGCGGAAACUCUCAUGCUCGCCCUUGGCGCCGCAAUCGGUUACGGCUCUCCGCAAACGCUCACGGACACCGGCUUGAAGCUCGCUCCGGGCACUCGCGGCGACGCGCCCACUUUGAGGCCAACGUUUAUGGUUUUUGCCCCGGCGGUGCUCGAUCGCGUGCGCCAAGCCGUCCAGGCCAAGUUCAGCGCCGCGAAGCCGGCAUUGAAGAGAUUGAUCAACGCGGGCUUGGCUGCCGGACGCAAGGACUUCGAGAACGGCAAAAUUGGCGCGCCCUUCUUGUACAACGCCAUCAUCUUCAAGAAGGUUCAAAAGCUCAUCGGCGGUCGCGUGCGCGUCAUGAUUUCUGGUUCUGCACCUCUCUCGCGUGAGACGCAAAUCUUCAUGCAAACGUGCUUUAGAUGCCCGGUUCGUCAAGGCUACGGCUUGACGGAAACGGGCUCGUGCGGCACCAUCGCAGCCUUCGACGACUACUCUCCGACCGUCGGUGGAGUCUUGAGUUCUGUGCGCAUCUCGCUGCGGGAUUGGGAGGAGGGCGGUUACCGAGUCUCCGACGAAAAUAACCCGUCCAUUGGUUUGCCGCGAGGUGAAGUCCUCAUCGGCGGCCCGGUCGUGUGCCAAGGUUACUUCAACCCGAAGAACAUGUUCGACGCGGAGCUCGAGGAGAAGAACAAGAAGGAGUUCAGUGAAAUCGACGGCGUUCGAUAUUUCCACACCGGCGACAUCGGUCAGUUCACGCCGGACGGUCAACUGCAAAUCAUUGACCGUAAGAAGGAUUUAGUGAAGCUUCAACAAGGCGAGUACGUCGCGCUGAGCAAGGUUGAAAACGUGCUCAAGCAGUGCCCGUACGUCGCGAUGGCGAUGACGUACGCCAACUCCAACCACUCGUACUGCAUCGCCAUCGUCGUCUGCAACGAGGCGCCGCUCAAAAAACUCGCCGCGAGCAAGGGCAUUAAAGGUGAUCUCGAAGCGAUGUGCGCCGACAAGGCGAUCGUCGACGAGAUCUCCAAGGCGUGCAAGGAUGCGUGCAAGGCUGGAAAGCUCGUCGGUUUCGAGACGCCCACCAAGUACAUCUUAACCGCCGAACCGUGGACCCCAGACAACGACAUGGUCACCGCCGCGUUCAAACUCAAGCGUCAAAACAUCAUCGCCGCCUUCAAGUCUCAAAUCACCGCCACGUACACGUAG